AUGGCUCGGAUUGCUAAGAUUGAAGCUCAGGCACAAGAGCGUGAGCGCAUUCGACUGGAGCAGCGUCAACGUGUUUUAGAAAUGCGUAACCAACCACCAGCUAUUCCAGCCUUUAUUCGUAUCCGUAACUUAGCUAAAGCUCUGCGUCAACCAUUAGAUAAAGUGCUGAAGCAUACAGUGACCAAGUCAAACCGUCGAUUCUACCUCAAGACGAAGAAUCACCAACCGGCCGAGUUUAAAGGUGUGAAGCAGAUUGUUCUGCCCUUUCGAGUGGCUCAGGAGGUAGCCGAGCACUUUGGGAUUCAAAUAGCAUAUGAUGAUUUGGAGCCAGAGCUGUCGGAACCGUCAGUGGUGUCUGACGAGGAGAUAUUGGGUCUUCGACAGCCGGUUAUUGCUGUCAUGGGCCAUGUUGACCAUGGCAAGACGACGCUGAUAGAUACCUUAAGGAAGCAAACAGAGGCGAGCUUAAAGCAGAUUGCGCCUUUGGAAAAGCAUGGCAUGACGCAGAAGAUCAAUGUUUGCGAAGCGAUACUAAUGAAGGACGUAAAAGCGACGUUCUUGGAUACGCCUGGACAUUUUCACUUUUUCCGGAUGCGAACGAGUGCAGCACAAGUGGCAGAUGCAGUGCUGCUAAUUGUUGCAGCGGAUGAAGGUGUACUGCUACAGACGGAAGAGUCAAUUGGUGCCAUCGAGGAAGCUGGACUGCCGGCUGUGAUUUGUAUCAACAAGGUGGACUUGUUUGGAGAAGAUAGCAAAGGACAGGUUGACAGCAUUGUGAAUGAACUGCGCUCGUAUGUCGCUUUGCAGAACAGCCCCGUGCUGUCCAUUUCGGGGAAGACGGGAGCUGGACUGGAUGACUUGCGACAUACUGUGUGGAAGCUGGUGAGUGGAUUGGCAAGUGAUCAAAGGCUAGGUGCGCUGGUCGGACCUCAAACGCACGCUGAGGGACUUGUGCUAGAAAGUGUGGCAGUGAAGGGACGUGGAACAGUGCUACGUGUGUUGAUCAAGAAUGGUAAGCUGGCAGCCAAGCAGCAUUUCAUAGCUGGCAUGAUUCACGGCGUGGUUCGUAGCAUGUCGGACGCUGAAGGACGCGAUGUCAAGCGUGCGUUGCCUGGCACAGUCGUCGAUAUCACGUACUCGAACAAGUCAAAGAAUGUAGAUGCACCGAAUGAACACGGUUUCUUUGUGCUUUCUGAAGCACGUGCAAAGCAGGUGCUUGAGCAGAGAGAACUCGCCUUGGAGUUUAAUGACUGCCUUCUCCCCGCUGUUGAUGGCGUACUUGCAGAGUCUGAUGCUGAAUACACAUCUAUGGAUGCUGAAGAGGAAGGUCAAGACGUGACAAGCGUUGGAGACGUAGCCGAAGCAGAUGAUGUUAUCAACGAAAACGAUCUGAUCGAAACGAAGUCGAUCAUUGUAAAAGCGGAUGGCGCUGGGUCGCUUGCUAGUAUCCAAGACACGGUGGAUGAGAUGUCUGGCAUUUCGACUGUGCGACUAGGCAUCGGCAACAUUUCGGUCAAGGACAUUGAUGUAGCCGUCAACGGCAAGUGCCCUAUAUUCGGUUUCAACGUAAAGCUGCGUAAACGCGAGGCAAAGCUAGCAACAGAGAGAGGUGUACGAGUUAUAUUGCGCUCUACCGUGCAUGAACUGAUUGAAGAGGUCACUGCUUUUGAGCAGCUUGACGCCACAAGUGGAUAA